AUGGUGAUGACAGAGUUCGAUAGGUUGAAGAUGGAUGAUAACGAUACGGUCGAUGACUUCAAGGGGAAGAUAUCAGUCAUAUCAUCUAAAGCAACCUCUUUGGGAGAGAACAUAGAAGAAUACAAGAUGGUCAAGAAGUUCUUGAAGGGUCUUCUGAGGCACAAGUACAUCCAGAUCGUAACGUCGCUUGAGCAAGUGCUAGACUUCAACAAGACGGGUUUUGAGGAUAUAGUUGGAAGGCUGAAGGAAGGAAGAGGACGGAACGGUAGAGGCAAAGGUCGAGGUAGGUCACACAACCAAAACCGUGCGUCACACACCAAAGAUAACAACUCGAAGAAAAAGCUGAUACGUUGGAGAUGUGACGAGCCUGGUCACUAUGCAACUGUCUGUCCCGAGAAGACAUCAAAGAAUCAAGAAACCAACGUAAACGAGACAGAAGAGGCCGAUGCACUCUAUGUACACGAGGUGGUGUUCUUGAACGAAGAUAAGGUGAUUCCGAAUAAUCUUGAUAUCGACAAAGGCAAUGCAAGUGUCUGGUAUUUGGAUAAUGGAGCGAGUAAUCACAUGACGAGAAACGAGGAGUUCUUUUUGAGUUUGAAUCUCAACACCAAAGGGAAGGUGAAGUUUGGUGAUGGAUUGUGUGUUGAUAUUGUAGGAAAGGGUGUGAUUACUUUUGUGUGCAAGACUGGAAAGAUAAAGGUAUUGAAAGACAUAUACUACAUACCUGAUCUGAAGCAUAAUAAAUUGAGUCUUGGGCAAGCAACAAAAGAUGGAUGUGAGGUUAACAUGAAAGAUCUCUACUUAACACUCACAUAUUCACAUGGAAGGUUGCUAGAACGUGUUACAAGAUCUCCAAAUCUUCUCUACAAGACCCCUAUGGAGAUAAGUUACCCGAAGUGUUUACAUGUCAGGGACGAAUAUGCUACAUGGAAGUGGCAUAUUCGACUAGAACAUUCAUGGACAUCCAAAGGGUCCAUAACACCCAAGGCAGAAUGGAACCCACAAUCCCAGUUGGAGGCAGACACACAAUAUCCUUAA